AAAGGCUUGCUCUAGGUAGCCUGUCCCCGGAAGUGACGCUUAAGGCCCUCCCCUGAGGAAGUGACAACAGGAGUGCCCUUGACCGGUGGGGAGGUCCGCGCUGUGCAUGCCUCCGCUCUCGCUGCAGGGAGAUGGCUCAGCGGCUUCUCCUGAGGAGGUUCCUGGCCUCCGUAAUCUGCAGGGAGCCCUCUCAGAGUCGGUGGGCGCCCCGUGCGUCCAGGGCCCUGCAGACCCCACAGCACAGUCCCAAUAACCUGACAGUAACACCCAGCCAAGCCCGGUCAAUAUACACCACCAGAGUCUGUACAACGACCUUUAACAUCCAGGAUGGACCAGACUUUCAAGACCGAGUUGUCAACAGUGAGACACCAGUGGUUGUGGAUUUCCAUGCACAGUGGUGUGGUCCCUGCAAGAUCCUGGGGCCAAGGUUAGAGAAGGUGGUGGCCAAGCAGCAUGGAAAGGUGGUGAUGGCCAAGGUGGAUAUUGACGACCACACAGACCUCGCCAUAGAGUAUGAGGUGUCAGCUGUGCCCACCGUGCUGGCCAUCAAGAAUGGAGACGUGGUGGACAAGUUUGUGGGCAUCAAGGAUGAGGACCAGCUGGAGGCCUUCCUGAAGAAGCUGAUUGGCUGACAAGCAGGGAAGCGUCCUGACUGCCCCUGCCCGCCUGGGCCCCGUGUUCCCGUGGGGACCCCGAUAGCACUCACAGCCCUUCUGUGCUGGCCCUUCCCGCCUCCUCCCUCUGUCUGGCCCCCGUGGGCCCGUGCUUUGGAGACCAGGCCUCCAAACACAGGAGCCUCAAGUGCUCCCAACCCGGCUGACCGCCAGGGUGGCUGCCCAAGGAGCAGUGCCACCGCCGAGCUGGGACAGACGUCUCCCCACCCAUUCUCUGUCUGCUCCCUCUAGGGCUGGUCGCCACGCUUCCAGGUUGCAGGGACAGAGUCCCGGGGCCAGCCUGCAGUAACGGCUUGGUCUCCCUGCUCCCUUCUGAUCUGAACCCCGGUGCCUGGCUCAUCUGCCUCCUGCAUUUUUCUUUCUUGCUGCCGUUUUGUACAAAGAAGAAGAAGGAAAAAAGAAACCCAAACAAGUGAGAGUAAUAUACAUAAUUCCCUCAUUUUGUGUAGGUCUGUAAUAAAGAACUUUAUGUGGUCCCGUCUACCUCCCGCUGUGAAGAACAGACCCUGGGCCCUGCACUAGCUUACCGUGUCCACCCCCCACCCCCACCCCCCAAAGAGCCACCUCCCUCUUUCCUCCCAGGCGCCGGGGCAGCAGACGUGUGUUGGGCUGGGGGCAUCCUGCAAACCCUUGCCUCUGAAAGGCUCGAGACACUACCCUCCUUUACCAUCAUCUGGCCCUUCGGUUCUCCAAGCAGGAGACUUCACGGAAAGAACUGGACCAAUAAAACUAGGGUUUGCACUA